AUGGUGCUGCAGCCGCCCCUGGGCCUCGCCGACCCCUCAGCGACGCGCCAGGCAAGCUCUUCCGCCGCCACAGGAGCCUACGUCUCCGACGGUUGUUCCCGCGAGGCCGCCACCGCCUCAGCGUCGCCCCGCCCCUCCACGGGCGGCCCCUUUGCGCGUGCGCACUCCAGGCUUGAGCGCGGGGCGGUCUCAGUGGGCGCCUGCGCAGUCGCCCUCUCCUCGAGCCUGGUGGUCCCGCGAAAAGGCUCCCAGUCUGACUGCCUGCGCAUGCCCAAGAUGGUAGCCUUUGCGCAUGACCAAGCCUGGACACCUACAGCCCAGACUAUGCGCGUGGCCCAGCCUCCAAAGAGUAGAGACUAUGUCGGACCAAGCAGUGGCAGUGAUGGUGGUGACCAUGAGACCUUUAACAGUGUUUGCACUGCUCCUAAGGACAUUGAAUGUAGGUCAGCCACGGAGCCCUAUCUCACCUGGAAGGAGCUGAACCAGAAGGUGCAGUGCAAUGUUUCAUUUGGGCUCAUUUGCAAGAAUGAAGAACAGUUUGGAAAUGGAGUAUUUGAACUCUGUUAUGACUACAAGAUCCGUGUCAAUUGUUGCGUGCUAUCUGAUUCAGAGUGUCCCACUUCAACCAUUGCCACAACAACUACGACCACGCCCACCACUACAUCAACUACAACCAGCACUCCACCAACGGCCACAUCUACUACUUCACCAAGGACCACACCCAUCAGUCCAUCAACGCCCCCGCCAACCACUCCACCAACACCCACACCCACAACUCCAUCAACAACCACAUCUACUUCACCACUGACCAAAACAAGCACUCCACCGACCACGCCUAGCACUCCACUAACUACAACCACCACUCCAUCAACACCCACAUCCAGCACUCCAUCAACACCCAUAUCCAGCACUCCAUCAACAUCCACACCCACAACUCCAGCAACGACCACAUCUACUUCACCAACCACGCCUAGCACACCACCAACUGAAACCAUCACCCCACUAACUACAACCACCUCUCCACCAACACCCACAGCAACAACUCAUAACACCACAUCCAGCACUCCAGCAACCCGACCACGUCCAGCACUCCAGCAACGACCACCAACAUCCAGCACUCCAGCAACGACCACAUCUACUUCACCAACCACGCCCAGCACACCACCAACUGAAACCAUCACCCCACUAACUACAACCACCUCUCCACCAACACCCACUCCAGCACUUCCAGCAACGACCACAUCUACUUCACCAACCACGCCUAGCACACCACCAACUGAAACCAUCACCCCACUAACUACAACCACCUCUCCACCAACACCCACAGCAACAACUCCAUCAACACCCACAUCCAGCACUCCAGCAACGACCACAUCCAGCACUCCAGCAACGGACCCACAUUACUCCCCACUAACUACAACCACCUCUCCACCAAUGACCACGCCCAAGACUCCAUCAACGACCACAUCCAACUACUUCACCAAAACCCACACCCACAACUCAUCAACAGCCACACCCAACACACAAUCCAGCACUCCACCACGACGACAACCCACCACCCCAACAACGACCACCCUACGACUCCACCAACACACAAAUGAAUCCAGCGCUCCAUGUGUGGAUGACUGCAAAUGGACUGGCUGGUUGGAUUCUGGUAAACUCUACCCUAACAAGAAAGGUGAUUUUGAAUUGAUUGGAAAAGUCUGCGCUGGCUGGGCAACUAAUAUCGCCUGCAGAGCUGUGGCAUAUCCUAAUAUUCCAAUUGAACAGCUUGGACAAAAAAGUGGUAUGUGACCCCUCUAUUUGGACUGGUGGUGCAAAAAUGAAGACCAGAAGCCAGCUCCCUUCCCGGUUCCCAUGUGCCUCAACUAUGAGAUCAAUGUCUAUUGCUGUGAGUGUGGCACAACCACCCACAUCUCAACUACCAUAUCAGAAACUUCAACCCCGACACACACCACAACAGGGACAUCAACCCCACCAUCUACCACCACAGAAACCUCAACCCCAACACCAACCAUCAUAAGACAGACCAACCCAACCUCCACUACCACAGUGAUAUCACUUUCAACACCCACCACCACACAGACACCAACACCCCCAUCCAGCACUACACAGAUCCCAACGCCAACGUCUCCCUCCACAGAGACCCCAACCCUAACGUCCACUACAACACAGACUCCAUCACCAACCCCAACCACCACAACCACAGAGACACCAACGCCAACUCCCACUACCACAGUGAUACCCACCUUCAACACCACACCACCACCACGCCCAGCACGCCACCACUACAACCACACCAAGACUCCCAAACGACCACGCCCAGCACUCCCACCAACUGAAACCAUCACCCCCACUAACUACAACCACCUCUCCACCAACGACCACACCAACAACUCCAUCAACGACCACACCAACAACUCCAGCAACGACCACAUCUACUUCACCACCAACCACACUGAGCACUCCACUGACCAAGCCCAGCACACCACCAACUACAACCACCACUCCCACCACACCACACCACCACACCAGCUCCACACACUCCCAGCAACGACCACAUCCAGCACUUCCAGCAACGACCACAUCUACUUUCACCAACCACGCCUAGCACACCACCAACUGAAACGCAUCACCCCACUAACUACAACCACCUCUCCACCAACGACCACACCAACACUCCAUCAACAACACCCAACAUCCAGCACUCCAGCAACGACCACAUCCAGCACUCCAGCAACGACCACACCAACAACUCCAGCAACGACCACAUCUACUUCACCACCAACCACACUGAGCACUCCACUGACCACGCCCAGCACACCACCAACUACAACCACCACUCCACCAACACCCACACCCACCACUCCAGCAACGACCACAUCCACAACUCCACCAACGACCACAACCAGCACUCCACCAACUGAAACCAUUACCCCACUAACUACAACCACCACUCCAUCAACACCCACAUCCAGCACUCCAGCAACGACCACAUCUAUUUCACCAACCACGCCCAGCACACCACCAACUGAAACCAUCACCCCACUAACUACAACCACCUCUCACCAACGACCACACCAAAACUCCAUCACACCCACAUCCAGCACUCCAGCAACGACCACAUCCAGCACUCCAGCAACGACCACAUCUACUUCACCACACGCAGCACCCACAACUAGCACACACCACCCCACUGAAACCAUCACCCCACUACUACAACCACCUCUCACAACACCAUCCAGCACUCCAGCAACGACCACAUCCAGCACUCCAGCAACAACCACAUCUACUUCACCAACCACGCCGAGCACAACCACUACUGAAACCAUCACCCCACUAACUACAACCACCUCUCCCAACCCCACGCCCAAGACUCCAUCAACGACCCACAUCCACUACUUCAACCCAACAACCACACCCACAACUCCAUCAACAACCACACCCAGCACUCCAGCACCGACCACAUCUACUACUUCACCAACGACCACAUCCAGCACUCCACCAACGACAACCACCACCCCAACAACGACCACACCUAUGACUCCACCAACAACCACAUCCAGCGCUCCAUGUGUGGAUGACUGCAAAUGGACUGGCUGGUGGGAUUCUGGUAAACUCUACCCUAACAAGACAGGUGAUUUUGAAUUGAUUGGAAAAGUCUGCGCUGGCUGGGCAACUAAUAUCGCCUGCAGAGCUGUGGCAUAUCCUAAUAUUCCAAUUGAACAGCUUGGACAAAAAGUGAGACACCAACGCCACUCCACUACCACAGUGAUACCACCUUCAACACCCACCACCACGCCCAGCACGCCACCAACUACAACCACACCCAAGCCUCCACCAACGACCACGCCCAGCACUCCACCAACAGAAACCAUCACCCCACUAACUACAACCACCUCUCCACCAACGACCACACCAACAACUCCAUCAACGACCACAUCCAGCACUCCAGCAACGACCACAUCCACAACAACUCCAUCAACACCCACAUCCAGCACUCCAGCAACGACCACAUCCAGCACUCCAGCAACGACCACAUCCAGCACUCCAGCAACGACCACAUCUACUUCACCAACCACGCCUAGCACACCACCAACUGAAACCAUCACCCCAAUAACUACAACCACCUCUCCACCAACACCCACAGCAACAACUCCAUCAACACCCACAUCCAGCACUCCAGCAAUGACCACAUCUACUUCACCAACCACGCCUAGCACACCACCAACUGAAACCAUCACCCCACUAACUACAACCACCUCUCCACCAACACCCACAGCAACAACUCCAUCAACACCCACAUCCAGCACUCCAGCAACGACCACAUCCAGCACUCCAGCAACGACCACAUCUACUUCACCAACCACGCCUAGCACACCACCAACUGAAACCAUCACCCCACUAACUACAACCACCUCUCCACCAACACCCACAGCAACAACUCCAUCAACACCCACAUCCAGCACUCCAGCAAUGACCACAUCCAGCACUCCAGCAACGACCACAUCUACUUCACCAACCACGCCUAGCACACCACCAACUGAAACCAUCACCCCACUAACUACAACCACCUCUCCACCAAUGACCACGCCCAAGACUCCAUCAACGACCACAUCCACUACUUCACCAACAACCACACCCACAACUCCAUCAACAGCCACACCCAGCACUCCAGCACCGACCACAUCUACUACUUCACCAACGACCACAUCCAGCACUCCACCAACGACAACCACCACCCCAACAACGACCACACCUACGACUCCACCAACAACCACAUCCAGCGCUCCAUGUGUGGAUGACUGCGAAUGGACUGGCUGGUGGGAUUCUGGUAAACUCUACCCUAACAAGACAGGUGAUUUUGAAUUGAUUGGAAAAGUCUGCGCUGGCUGGGCAACUAAUAUCGCCUGCAGAGCUGUGGCAUAUCCUAAUAUUCCAAUUGAACAGCUUGGACAAAAAGUGGUAUGUGACCCCUCUAUUGGACUGGUGUGCAAAAAUGAAGACCAGAAGCCAGGAGCUCCCUUCCCGGUUCCCAUGUGCCUCAACUAUGAGAUCAAUGUCUAUUGCUGUGAGUGUGGCACAACCACCCACAUCUCAACUACCAUAUCAGAAACUUCAACCCCGACACACACCACAACAGGGACAUCAACCCCACCAUCUACCACCACAGAAACCUCAACCCCAACACCAACCAUCAUAGUGACCACAACGUCUACUGUCACAGAGACUACAACACCAACAUCUACAACAACCCAGACUCCAAUCCCAACCCCAACCACAACAACCACAGAGACACCAACCCCAACCUCCACUACCACAGUGAUAUCACUUUCAACACCCACCACCACACAGACACCAACACCCCCAUCCAGCACUACACAGAUCCCAACGCCAACGUCUCCCUCCACAGAGACCCCAACCCUAACGUCCACUACAACCCAGACUCCAUCACCAACCCCAACCACCACAACCACAGAGACACCAACGCCAACUCCCACUACCACAGUGAUACCACCUUCAACACCCACCACCACGCCCAGCACGCCACCAACUACAACCACACCCAAGACUCCACCAACGACCACGCCCAGCACUCCACCAACUGAAACCAUCACCCCACUAACUACAACCACCUCUCCACCAACGACCACACCAACAACUCCAUCAACGACCACAUCCAGCACUCCAGCAACGACCACAUCCAGCACUCCAGCAACGACCACAUCUACUUCACCAACCACGCCUAGCACACCACCAACUGAAACCAUCACCCCACUAACUACAACCACCUCUCCACCAACGACCACGCCCAGCACUCCAGCAACGACCACAUCCAGCACUCCAGCAACGACCACAUCUACUUCACCAACCACGCCUAGCACACCACCAACUGAAACCAUCACCCCACUAACUACAACCACCUCUCCACCAACACCCACAGCAACAACUCCAUCAACACCCACAUCCAGCACUCCAGCAACGACCACAUCUACUUCACCAACCACGCCUAGCACACCACCAACUGAAACCAUCACCCCACUAACUACAACCACCUCUCCACCAACACCCACAGCAACAACUCCAUCAACACCCACAUCCAGCACUCCAGCAACGACCACAUCCAGCACUCCAGCAACGACCACAUCUACUUCACCAACCACGCCCAGCACACCACCAACUGAAACCAUCACCCCACUAACUACAACCACCUCUCCACCAACGACCACACCAACAACUCCAUCAACGACCACAUCCAGCACUCCAGCAACGACCACAUCCACAACAACUCCAUCAACACCCACAUCCAAGCACUCCAGCAACGACCACAUCCAGCACUCCAGCAACGACCACAUCUACUUCACCAACCACGCCCACAACGACCACACCAACAACUCCAUCAACACCCACAUCCAGCACUCCAGCAACGACCACAUCCAGCACUCCAGCAACGACCACAUCUACUUCACCAACCACGCCCACAACAACUCCAUCAACACCCACAUCCAGCACUCCAGCACGACCACAUCCAGCACUCCAGCAACGACCACAUCUACUUCACCAACCACGCCCAGCACACCACCAACUGAAACCAUCACCCCACUAACUACAACCACCUCUCCACCAACGACCACACCAACAACUCCAUCAACGACCACAUCCAGCACUCCAGCAACGACCACAUCCAGCACUCCAGCAACGACCACAUCUACUUCACCAACCACGCCCAGCACACCACCAACUGAAACCAUCACCCCACUAACUACAACCACCUCUCCACCAACGACCACACCAACAACUCCAUCAACACCCACAUCCAGCACUCCAGCAACGACCACAUCCAGCACUCCAGCAACGACCACAUCCAGCACUCCAGCAACGACCACAUCUACUUCACCAACCACGCCUAGCACACCACCAACUGAAACCAUCACCCCACUAACUACAACCACCUCUCCACCAACACCCACAUAUAGCACUCCAGCAACGACCACAUCCAGCACUCCAGCAACGACCACAUCCAGCACUCCAGCAACGACCACAUCUACUUCACCAACCACGCCUAGCACACCACCAACUGAAACCAUCACCCCACUAACUACAACCACCUCUCCACCAACACCCACAGCAACAACUCCAUCAACACCACAUCAGCACUCCAGCAACGACCACAUCCAGCACUCCAGCAACGACCACAUCUCUACUUCACCAACCACGCCUAGCACACCACCAACUGAAACCAUCACCCCACUAACUACAACCACCUCUCCACCAACACCCACAGCAACAACUCCAUCAACACCCACAUCCAGCACUCCAGCAACGACCACAUCCAGCACUCCAGCAACGACCACAUCUACUUCACCAACCACGCCCAGCACACCACCAACUGAAACCAUCACCCCACUAACUACAACCACCUCUCCACCAACGACCACACCAACAACUCCAUCAACGACCACAUCCAGCACUCCAGCAACGACCACAUCCAGCACUCCAGCAACGACCACAUCUACUUCACCAACCACGCCUAGCACACCACCAACUGAAACCAUCACCCCACUAACUACAACCACCUCUCCACCAACGACCACACCAACAACUCCAUCAACGACCACAUCCAGCACUCCAGCAACGACCACAUCCAGCACUCCAGCAACGACCACAUCCAGCACUCCAGCAACGACCACAUCUACUUCACCAACCACGCCUAGCACACCACCAACUGAAACCAUCACCCCACUAACUACAACCACCUCUCCACCAACACCACAGCAAACUCCAUCAACACCCACAUCCAGCACUCCAGCAACGACCACAUCCAGCACUCCAGCAACGACCACAUCUACUUCACCAACCACGCCUAGCACACCACCAACUGAAACCAUCACCCCACUAACUACAACCACCUCUCCACCAACACCCACAGCAACAACUCCAUCAACACCCACAUCCAGCACUCCAGCAACGACCACAUCCAGCACUCCAGCAACGACCACAUCCAGCACUCCAGCAACGACCACAUCUACUUCACCAACCACGCCUAGCACACCACCAACUGAAACCAUCACCCCACUAACUACAACCACCUCUCCACCAACGACCACACCAACAACUCCAUCAACACCCACAUCCAGCACUCCAGCAACGACCACAUCCAGCACUCCAGCAACGACCACAUCUACUUCACCAACCACGCCCAGCACACCACCAACAGAAACCAUCACCCCACUAACUACAACCACCUCUCCACCAACGACCACGCCCAGCACUCCAUCAACUACAACCAUCACUCCAUCAACAACCACGCCCAAGACUCCAUCAACGACCACAUCCAGCACUCCAGCAACGACCACAUCUGCUUCACCACCGACCACACAGACACCAACACCCCCAUCCAGCACUACACAGAUCCCAACGCCAAUAUCUACCUCCACAGAGACACCAACCCCAACAUCUUCUGUCACUAGGACUACCAUCACAGAGACCCCAACUCCAAAAACCUCCACUUCUCACACCCCAGCCCCAACAUCCAGCACUACACAGACCACAACACCAACGUCUACCUCCACAGCAUCUACAACUCCAACCUCUGCUGUGACUACUACCACCAUCAUCAGGACCCCAACUCAAACAUCCACUACUACACAGACUCCAAUCCAAACAUCUACCACCACGGAGAUUCCAACUCCAUCACCCACCAUCUCACAACCCCCAACCCCAACAUCCAGCACUACACAGAUUCCAACUCCAAUUUCUACCACCACAGAGAUUCCAACAUCAUCCACUUCUGUAACAACUACCACCAUCACAGGGACCCCAACUCCAACACCCACCACUUCUCAGCCCUCAACCCCAACAUCCAGCACUACACAGAUUCCAACUCCAAUUUCUACUACUAGUGAAACCCCAACCCCAACCUCUUCUGUCACUACUACCACCAUCACAGGGACCCCAACUUCAACAUCCUCUACUACAGAGACUGCAACACCUACUGCCACUGUGUCCUCAACUCCAACAUCUACUGGCACAGAGUCCCCACCUCCAGCAUCCACCACUACCCACACUCCAACCCCAGUCCCCACCACGUCAACCACAGUGACAUCCCCUCCAACACCCACUGCCACAGAGACACCAGUUCCAACAUCCACCAUUAUCACUACCACCACCACACAGACCUCACCCCAAACCCCAAUCCCCACUACCACAAGCACAGAGACCUCCACUUCUAUAGGCACAGUGCCCAUUAUAGCAUCAACCUCUUCCCCCUCAGAGGGUACCACCCUUCUGAGCACCCCCCUGACCACCAGAGUGCCAUCCAGUACAACACUGCCAUUGGUCACCACUACAGGGGGCAUCACGCCCUCUUCACCUCUGAGUUCUGAGGCCCCCACGCCAGCCACCACCACAGUCUCUCCAGGUAAGCAGACCUCCACUCCCCCCACUGUGCCAACGUCCACCAUGGGAACCCCCACCCAGACAGGACUCCCCUCGGCCACACCGACUACAUUGAAGACCAGCAUCUCAUCCUUAGUGUCCACAACUCCACUCUCCACUCCCGAAACCAUGGGCAACACAGCCACCCUGGUCACCUGCUGUGUUUUGGAAGACAUCUACUAUGGCCCAGGUGAGUUGGUGUACAAUGGUACCCAUGGGGACACCUGCUAUUAUGUGAACUGCUCAACUGACUGCAAACUUCAGAUGUUCAACUGGUCCUGCCCAUCCACACCAUCCUCAACUCUCAGGCCCUCCACACCGACAUCCUUCCCCACGACUGCACCCUCCACGCCAACGACCACAACCUCCAAGCCAACGACCACAACCUCCAAGCCAACGUCCAGCACACCAACUACCAUCAAUCCCCCAGAGUGCCCAGACUUUGAUCCUCCGAGACAGGAGAACGAGACCUGGUGGCUGUGUGGCUGCUACAUGGCUACAUGCAAGUAUAACAACACAGUGGUGAUUGAGAAGGUGAAGUGUGAGCCUCCGCCCAAGCCCGUCUGCUCCAAUGGCCUCCCGCCAGUGCGUGUGGAAGAUCCUGAUCACUGCUGCUGGCACUGGGAAUGUGACUGCUAUUGCACGGGCUGGGGAGACCCUCACUACAUGACCUUCGACGGGCUCUACUACAACUACCAGGGCAAUUGCACCUACGUGCUGGUAGAGGAGAUCAACCCCAAAGUGGACAACUUUGGGAUCUACAUUGACAACUACCACUGUGAUGUUAAUGACGAAGUGUCCUGUCCCCGCACGCUUAUUGUGCGCCAUGAGACUCAGGAAGUGCUGAUCAAGACUGUACAGAUGACACCUAUAGAGGUGCAGGUGCAGGUCAAUAAGCAGGUGGUGGCAUUGCCCUACCAGAAGUAUGGGCUGCAGGUGUAUGAAUCAGGCAUCAACUUCGUGGUGGAGAUCCCCGAGCUGGGUGCCCUCAUCUCCUACAAUGGCCUGUCCUUCUCCAUCAAGCUGCCCUACCACCUGUUUGGCAACAACACCAAGGGCCAGUGCGGCACCUGUACCAAUAGCACUGAGGAUGACUGCGUUCUGCCCAGUGGGGAGGUCAUCUCCAAUUGUGAGGUUGCAGCUGACUAUUGGGUGGUGAAUGACCCCUCUAAGCCACACUGUCCUCAUACUGACUCCACAACCAAGCAUCCGGCUGUCACAAAACCAGGGCCUGGCCAACCGACCCAGCCCAAGAACUGCACGGGGUCUCCUAUCUGCCAGCUUAUCAUGGACAGCUUGUUCUCCCCGUGCCAUGACGUGGUGCCCCCCCUGCACUACUACGAAGCCUGCCUGUUUGACAGUUGCUUUGUGCCUAAUGUUGGUCUGGAGUGUGCCAGCGUGCAGAUCUAUGCAGCCCUCUGUGCCCAGGAGGGCGUCUGCUUAGACUGGCGGGACCGCACCAACGGGGUCUGCCCUAUGAAGUGCCCAUCUCACAAGGAGUACCGAGCCUGUGGUCCCACAGAAGAGCCCACCUGCAAGUCCAGCUCUUCCCAGGAGAACUCCACGAAACUGGUAGAAGGCUGCUUCUGUCCUGAGGGCACCAUGAGCUACGCCCCUGGUUUUGAUGUCUGUGUGAAGACAUGCGGCUGUGUGGGACCUGACAAUGUUCCCAGAAAGUUUGGGGAGCGUUUUACAUUUGACUGCAAGGACUGCAUUUGCCUGGAAGGAGGAAGCGGCAUCAACUGCCAGCCCAGGAAGUGUAGUGAGGGGGCCCCCACCGACUGCACGGACGAUGGCACCUACCUUGUCACGGAGGUCAACCCUGCUGACACCUGCUGCAAUGUCACCUUGUGCAAGUGUAACACCAGCCUGUGCAAAGAGGAGCCCCCCUCAUGCCCGCUGGGAUUCGAACUGAAGAGUAGGGUCGUGCCUGGAAGGUGCUGCCCAGUCUACUCGUGUGUGUCCAAGGGUGUGUGUGUGCACCAGAACGCUGAGUACCAGCCUGGCUCUCCAGUGUACUCCUCCAAGUGUGAGAACUGCGUGUGCACCAACACUGUGGACAGCAGCACUCAGCUCAAUGUCAUCACCUGUACCCACGUGCCCUGCAACAGCUCCUGCAGUCCAGGCUAUGAACUCAUGGAGGCCCCAGGGGAGUGCUGCAAGAAGUGCCAGCAGACCCAGUGCGUCAUCGAGAGGCCCAACAACCAGCUUAUCAUCUUGAAGCCCGGGGAAACAGAGAAAAACGUCGAUGACAAGUGUACCUUCUUCACCUGUACGAAAAUCAACAACCAGCUUACCUCCUUCGUCUCCAAAAUCAUGUGCCCUGACUUUGACCCCAGUAGGUGCAUCAAGGAGUCCAUCACAUUCAUGCCCAAUGGAUGCUGUAAGACAUGCAUCCCUUACAAUGAGACCAGGACCCCCUGCUCCAUCAUCCCAGUCACGAAGGAAAUUUCACUGGAUGGCUGCACCAAGAAUGUCAGCAUGAACUAUUGCUCCGGUUCCUGUGGGACUUUUGCCAUGUACUCUACCCUGGAGAAGUCACUGGACCACAGAUGCUCUUGCUGCAAAGAGGAGAGGACCAGCGAGCGUGAGGUGGUCCUGGAUUGCCCCGACGGCAGCUCACUAACCCACACCUACACGCACAUUGAGAGCUGCCUGUGCCAGGACACCGCCUGCGUGCUCCCACAGGCUCAGCAAAGCCGAGUCCGGCGCUCCAGCCUCCGGCUUCUGGGAAGGAAGUGA